CAUUUCGACUGUCGCAAUCACAUCAGAGUCAUCCAGUCGAUGGGAAACGGAGAUCGUCUGUACGUUUGCGGAACGAACGCGCACAGCCCGAAGGAUUUCGUGGUGAACGCCAAUUUGACUCAUUUGAGCAAUAACGUGUUCGUGCCUGGAGUUGGACUGGGUAUAGCGAAGUGCCCGUACGAUCCUGCCGACAACACGACCGCCAUUUGGGUGGAGAAAGGGAAUCCGGGCGACCUUCCAGGUCUCUACUCCGGAACUAAUGCGGAAUUCACGAAAGCGGACACGGUCAUUUUCCGUACGGAUUUGUUUAAUCUGACCACCGGUCGUAAGGAGUUCACGUUCAAGAGGACCCUCAAGUACGACUCCAAAUGGCUCGACA